UAUUUUGCACUGUUCAUUUACUAGAAUCAUUCAUAAACAAAUAAAGCAGUUGAUUAGGAGAAUGUUUCGGAAAGAUUAGGAAAAGUAAUCUGGAAAUGCGAUAUUUUGAAGCGGAAACACGAGCACGUGCUGUUUAUAUUUUUGAAGUUUUUAACAUGGCGAAAGAAGAAGAAGAAGAAGCGAAGAAACUUUCGUCAAAAAAAGAUGUACCAUCCUUGAGUGCGACCACUUUGUUUGUGCGUAAUUUACCAUUUGUUUUCGAUAGCAAAGAACUUGAGAAGGUGUUUAGUGACGUGGGGCCUGUGAAAAGAUGCUUUGUGGUUAAAGAUACAGGUGAUCCAGGAAAAUGCAGAGGAUUUGGAUAUGUUACAUUUGCUCUGAAAGAGGAUGCUCUACAGGCAAAGGAAAAAAUUCGUGAAAUUAAUGGAAGGAAGGUGUUUGUCACAUUUUCAAAAAAAAAGCCACGGCACAUUCCUCGUGGUCCAACUCAAGAAGAACAGGCUGACAUGAAACCUGGCACUGCAAAAGAAAACGAAAAGACUGAAUCGGUUGAUGGUGAAAUCACCACGGAAGCACCCAGUCAAUUGUUGACAAAGGAAAAACCCAAGAGAAAGCCGAAGUCACAACGAAGCUCGGCGGUGAACGACGACGGUCGCACGAUUGUUUUGAGCGGCUUUCCGUCCACUUUUAACAUUAAGCAACUAAAAAAGGCGUGCAAAAGACACGGCGAAGUUGAACGAUUUGUUUACCCGGUCGAAAAUGAAGCUCAGCCGACAGCACACGCUAUUUAUAAGUUACACAAAAGUGCAAGGAAAGCAGUCACUAAUUUAGAUAAAAAGACGAUAAAAGGAGUCGUUGUGAGUGCCGCGUUGCGUUCGAAGCAGAACAAAACUGUUUCACAAAAAUCUCUAAAGAAAACUCGACUCAUUGUACGCAAUUUGCCAUUCAAAUGUAGCAGAGAUCUACUCCAGGAUUCCUUUUCAAAAUUUGGUGAAAUAACGGAGAUAGUCCUUCCGACGAAAAUGACUGGGAAAAACAAAGUGAAACUUGGCUUUGCUUUUGUGCAAUUCAAGAAUAUUUUCGAAGCGGCAAACGCCAUGGAAAACAUGAACGGGAAACAUAUCAAAGGUCGACCGAUAGCGGUCGAUUGGACUGUACCGAAGAAAAAGUACGAGUUGUUGAAAGUUACCGAAGAUUCAUACGAAAAUGGAGAUGAUGAGAACGGAAAGGGAAUUUCUGAGAAAGCCGGUGAUGAUCAUAUCGGUGUCGAUGAUAUGAAUGAUCAAACUGAUGAUGAAGCUAAUUUGGACGAUGAUGAUAUUGAUGACGACAACGAUGAUGAUAUCGAUGAUAAUGGCCUCGAUGAUGAUAAUGAGGAGGAUGAUGAGGAGGAUGAUGAUGUAGAUGAUGAUGAUCUAGAUGAUGAUGAUGUAGAUGAAGAUGGAAACGAAGACAUACAUGAUGACGUCGACAUUGGUAGUAUCGAUGAUGAUGAUGAAACAGAUGGUGACAAUGAGGAUGAAAUGGCUGACAAAACUCCGUUGAAGAAAAAAAGCAAGCUUCGUGAUGCUCGUGAAGGUAAAACAAUUUUCAUUCGAAAUUUACCAUUUGACGCCAGCAAGGAAGAGGUCAGCGGUUUAUUUGAAGAAUUCGGCGAAGUUGAUUACUGUAAGAUUGUGAUGGACAGUGUUACUGAACACAGCCGUGGCAGUGCCUUUCUUAAGUUCAAAGAAAAAGAAGGCGCCGCUAGAUGCUUGGAGAAGUACGGUGAAGAAAACGAACAUAGCGAAGAUUUGAUCAUGCGCAAACGUCCCUUGUCUGUCACGCUAGCCGUGACUAAAGGAAAAAUCCCACAACUGUUGGCAAAAAAGGACGAUAAGAAGAAGGUCCCGCGUGAUAAACGCAAUUUAUAUCUCGCAAAAGAAGGGGUUAUUGUUCCGGGCUCGGAAGCCGCAGCAGCAUUGUCAAAAAGCGAUAUGCAAAAACGACGAAAAGCCGAAGAGGAAAAGAAAGCAAAACUAAAGAUGCCACACUAUGUUGUUUCUAAAACAAGAUUGUGCUUCCGUAAUAUCCCUCUACACAUUGACGACACAAAGCUUUCCGAAGUAUUACGAAAUGUGUGCGAAAGCAAACCGAAGACCGUCCGGAAAGUGAAGAUCAUGCGAAACAUGGAACGAUUAGAUAGCGCCGGAAAUGCCCGAUCUAAGGGAUUCGGAUUUGCCGAGUUUUUAAACCACCAAGAUGCCUUGGAAGUACUGCGUGCCACGAAUAACAAUCCAGCGGUUUUUGGUGCCGACCGAAGGCCCAUUGUUGAAUUUGCCAUUGAAAACGGUCUCGUGCUUAAACGAUUGGAACAACGUAAAAGUAAAAACUUAAGAAAGGCAAAGGAAAAAGAGUCGACCGUAGUCCAAAAUUCAAAACCAGGCAAAAAUAAACGAAAGCACGAGAUGCAGGGAAAUACACAAAGAAAAAGAGCAAAAAAAGAGAGAGGAAGCAAUGAAAGCGUCGACAAUCAGAAGGUUUCGAAUUUUGAAGGUUUUAGCAAUGAAUUGAAACAUACCAUUAGCAGUAAUAAUCCAAAUGUUACAAAUAACAAAAGAAUGAAUGUUGCAAAAGGAAGCAAGUACAAGAAGCGGAACGAGAAAAAAUCAAAUGAGCUUGCUUCAGAUAAACUCGAAAUUUUAAGGCCAAAAACGGAGAAAACAAGCCGACGGAAAAACGUCAACAAGGAAGAGGAGAAAUUCAAUAGCAUUGUGCAAAAAUAUAAAACGAAAUUGUUUGGUGAAAAUUCAAAACGAUUGAAGAAUUCUCGUUGGUUUAACGUGUGAGUUAAGCGAAAAGGAUUGUUUUUUUAUGGUUGCAUUCCAUUCGUUUAGUUUAUAAAUAUUGGAGCAAUGUUGCUCCUAAAGUACGGAAA